UUGUUUUGGCAUUUUCCUGCAUUUAAUUGCUUUUAGGAACCAUUUAUAGAACUGGUAACCUGUUGUUUGAAUGUGGUGUUCUUCUUCUUCAUCAUGAAGGUGUCUGUGCUUAAUACAGUGGAUACCUCGCACGAGGAUAUGAUCCAUGAUGCACAAAUGGAUUAUUAUGGCAAGAAGCUGGCGACAUGUUCAUCUGACCGAACAGUAAGAAUUUUUGAGAUCAGUGAAAAGAAUCAAACUCUUGUUGCUACUCUGAGAGGACAUGAAGGCCCAGUGUGGUCAGUGAGUUGGGCACAUCCUAAAUUUGGAAAUCUUUUGGCUUCAUGUUCUUAUGAUAGAAAGGUUAUUUUAUGGAAAGAAACAAGUAAUGGUUGGACAAAGCUUCAAGAAUUUUGUAAUCAUGACUCAUCAGUAAAUGCUAUAUCCUGGGCUUCUCCAGACUAUGGUUUAAUGCUAGCUUGUGGAUCUUCUGAUGGCUCCGUCUCUAUUAUAAGCAGUUCAGGUGAUGGACACUGGGAAACAAUAAAAAUAAGUAACGCACACACAAUUGGUUGCAAUGCUGUUAGCUGGGCUCCUUCAGUCGUGCCAGGGACGUUAUUGGAGGGGACUGGGGCAAAGUCCGGUCCUUCAGUCAAAAGAUUUGUCACAGGGGGAUGUGAUAACUUGGUAAAAGUAUGGAAAGAAGUCGAUGGCCAAUGGGAAGAGGAGGAAAAACUAGAAGCACACAGUGACUGGGUCAGAGAUGUUGCUUGGGCACCUAAUGUUGGUCUCCCUAUUAGCACCAUAGCAACAUGUUCUCAGGAUUGUCGUGUUGUUAUCUGGACAAAGGAUGAAGUUAAUGGAGGAACAUGGACUUCUAAGGUUGUAAAGAAGUUUGGUGAUGUUGUGUGGCAUGUGAGUUGGUCAGUCACAGGCAGCAUUUUAGCUGUAUCUGGGGGAGAUAACAAGGUGAGCUUAUGGAAGGAGUCUCUAGAGGGGCAGUGGGUUUGUGUCAGUGAUGUGUACAAAGGUCAAGGUCAGGAGCCACAAUGAUGUCACAGUGAUGUCACAUAGCCAUAUUUAGACAAAGAACUUUUUUAAAUAUCUAGAGAAGAAAAUGUGAGAUACAUCUGCAUCAAAGAACUUGGACCUGGGAAUGUAGUUUGGUUACCUGAGAAUGAAUAGGAAGAUCUGUUGGUCAGAAGCUUUGCUUCACAAGGGACACAGCACUACAUGGUUUUUCUAUUGUUUUGGCUGUAAUUAACAGCUUUCUCAUGGCUUGAAAAGUUCUGUGUUUAUGGUCUGUGGUUGAUGUUGAUGUUGUCAAUGUUAUGGUUUAAAUAGGGAAAGAAGAUCUAAUUUCUACAGUACAUCCGGUCACUUUUAAUCUGUCAAAUUGACAUACACUGUUCAUAAAUAGUUGGUACUAGCUUUGUGAAUAAAAUUGAAGAAACUUG